AUGGGUGAUUUUAAUGUUAUUCUUAGGGGUGAAGAUAAGAAUACUACAGUCAUGGAAGCAGAAAUUAGGGACUUUGAGAAUCUAGUGACAAACGCUGGCUUACAUGAACUCAAGACUAUAGGGAGAUUUUUUACUUGGUCUAAUUCCCAUAUCCAUAGUAAAAUUGACAGGGCUUUAGUUAAUGGAUAUUGGAUGAGAAAAUGGCCUCAUUUAGAGGUGGAAGUAAAAGACCCUCACUUCUCUGAUCAUUCUUUACUCUGUGUCUCCGUGAAAGAGGUACAAAAUAGAUAUGCAAAGCUGUUUAAGUUCUUAAACUAUCUAACAAGUCAUGCUGAGUUUCAACAUAUUGUGGCUGCUAUAUGGUCCUCAAAAGUUCAAAGUUGUCCCAUGGAGAAGAUCUGGAAGAAGCUUAAGCUAAUGAAAGGAGAUAUGAAAGAAUUGAAUUCGAAAGAGUUUUCUAAUGUUGAAACUAAAGUUCAAUCAUUCAGGAAACAACUGAAAGAUGUACAUAUACUACUCAGAACCUCCCUCACUGAUCAACAAUUAUAUGACGAAGAAAAGAAGAUAAAACGGAUCUUGGAGAAAUGGAUACUGGUGGAGGAAAGCAUUCUCAGGCAGAAUCUAGAAUACAGUGGUUGGGAUUGGGGGAUAUGA